CGGCUAUGAAAACAAAAACAAAUCUGUUCGCCUACAGUUUUCCCAAAAUUGUUUGCCGCUUCUCAUGAAAUGAAGAUUCCCGGACUUCCUGGCCAUGGAACCGUAUUUUACACCUCGGGAGGACACAAAGCGUCGGCGGUUUUUCUGGGCGAAGAAUUCGCCAUCACCUCGGCGUUAAUUUUUAGUGAUAACGCGGAUUAUACGCAAACUAUCGCCGACGCCGUGCACCACACUCCGCUGAUAGAAAUUAGCAAAACCGGAAAGCUGAAAUGUCUGUACCAGCUAGACUUUCGGAUUGUCCGGAAGAAUGGCCACGAACUGCAGGAGAGGAAGGCCCGAGCAUGCCAUAUCGUGCACUCGCGACGGGCGAUGGCUUGUCUGGAGAAUUUGCUGAACGGUUUGCAAGUUUGCCUCGAUGGAGACACCAAACCGAUGCAGGACUACAGUGCACUCUUCUACAGCUUUCUUAUCCUCUCCUUGGGGACAAAUCCUUCACGCGUGCCUCACUGGAACUCCGUGACCGCUCUUCUGCAACAGGUCACCGAAAGGGAUGACGAGCCACUAAAACUGUUGGACAAAGUGGUGGCCAUAUCGACUCCUUUCGGUAACGAGUCCUUUUUCAACACGGUUAACGUUGGCCACGUGUGCAACAUACUCGACGGCUGUAUGUUGCUUCUCGAUGUUCCUUUGAAUCCGGGCAGCGAAGGAGGAGCGCUUUAUGACCAAAGAAUGAAGCUACGAGGUUUUUUCAUAGGAUCUUCCUACAAGUACCGCGGAGAUAUCGUCAUACUCCCGCUGGCCAUCAGUGUGGAUGAAAUCUUGUCCGUUGGUUGCAGCGAACGGAACUUGUGCCAACGCGUUCCGCACUCGUUUCCCGUGGAGGCGUUCCGAUCGGUGUGUAUGAUUGAUUCGCAAGGUUGCUGGGGAACCGGGUGCGCCUUCGAGCUGAAAGGCAAACGCUUCAUCAUAUCUUGUGCCCAUGUCCUUUCGACGGACAACGUUACUUGCUUCUUCGGUGACCAGAGAGUCAUGCAUCCGAGAGUGCUGUACAAAAAUCCCGCAUUCGAUAGUGCAUAUGAUGUUGCGCUGAUGGAGGCGAGCUAUGAUGAGGCACAACCGAACGGGUGGUUUUGCCAACUGGCCAACUACAUACCGGCUGUGGGUCAGCGGAUUUAUAGUGUUGGCUUUCCGGUUUUUAAGUCCUUAGCUAGUAAGCUAACAUUGAAGCCAUCCAUCGUACCGGGUCGAGUCACCAAAUACACCGAGGGCAUCCUGUUCACCGACUGUUCCAUACAAUAUGGCCAAAGUGGAGGGCCAAUUUUCGAUGAAAAAGGUCUGCUGGUGGCGAUUGCUGUGUCCAAUUUCAAGAGCUCUCUUGACAACCGCAUCUAUCCUUUCCACAACAUGUGCAUUCCGGUGCAGGCCAUCUACGCCACGUUAGCGCAGUUCGCUGAUACGGAAGAUAAAUCAUCGCUAGCUGCGCUACAGGCAGAUUGGGACGUGCGAAGCUCGUGGAAGCUGAAACCACCCAAGAUUUUAAAUAAGCUGUAAAGUGAUGGAACACAUGCUGGCGACUUAUUUUUGGAUUUUUGAAUGGGCACUGGGGAAAAACCGGGGAGUGGUGCUAGGGGUUUGAUCGGAAUAAAGGAA